AUGUUUCUUGGGCUUUGUACUUGGUGUGAAAGCUCUGAUCUUUUUUGGUUUCUUUCAAAUGGGUUCCCAGUUCUCAGCCUUAAACCCACCACCGUCGAGUCAAAGAACAGAGUCAGUGCUUACAACUUGAGAAUUAGCUACGGAAGAGCAACAAUUGUCAAGGCAGCUGCUUCUGGAAUAGACGGAGCUGAGCCCGAGAGCUAUGAGGAACCACCUAAGACUGUUGUUUCAGUGGACAAACUACCGUUGGAAUCAAAAGAAGCUAAAGAGAAGCUACUGCUAGAACAGAGGAUGAAGAUGAAGCUGGCUAAGAAGAUUAGGCUACGCAGGAAACGUCUGGUUCGUAAGCGUAUUUUGAGGAAGAAGGGUCGUUGGCCACCUUCUAAGAUGAAGAAGCUCAAGAAUGUUUAGAUGAUGAUGAUGACUCUUUACAGUCUUUUUUCUUUUUUGUACUGUGUUGGUUUGUAUAAGCAUUGUUUUUUGGAUUAAUAUCAAGGUGAGUUAUUUAAAUCGAUCCAUUGCAAAGAGUGGCCAGCUAAACUACUACGAUGAGAGGAUAGGUGCAACAUUUUGUUUGUUGGCAAAACUGUUUCUUUGUAUUUUUAGAUUGUUAGUAUCCCAAUCUUGGUUUGAGUCCAGUGAUUGAAAUUGUAAGAAACUGCGCUUGUUCUCAGCGCCAGUCAGCACAGCUGAGGCAA